AUGAAUUUUCCUUCUCGAAUCGGCUGCCAGGGUCUUCGGCUUGGACUAUCGCGUUUGCCUUUUCCGCCAAAGGCGACCUCUUUUCCGACUCUAGCCAAAUCGGCUCAUAAUACGCAAAUCUUCUCGGAUGGCACGAAAGCUUCGUGGAGUAUUCAUGUCGGCAAUGCUGAAUAUGUCGAGAAUUGCAUAGCUACCUCGUUCUGGUCAGCAAUGAUUAUGGACAUUGGGAACAAGUCACUGUUGUUCAAGCUCGAAGCCAAGUUGACCCAAGUCAUCAUAGAGCUUCUCCUUGCUGCGUAUUUGGUGGCAGGGUCCAAAUUUGCGGGUCUCUGGCCCUCUGCCAGACUUUCUCAAGCCAUAAUGCCAGAUCGUUGCUCGUGCACACCAGGAUCCAGCCUGGAAGAUGAGCUCCGAUUCCGAGGAAGCGAGCAUAUGAAUAAAGCGGAUCUGCUCUUUCCAGUGCCCGCCGCCAUGGCCGGAUGUCGCAACUCCGACCUCGAAAUACUUGGCACCCGCUCAAAUAUGACUUCCCUGCUCGAACGGUAUGAAGGAACUUGUGCAACGUCGAUGGGUAUACUGUAUUCGUCUGCUUCGAGUCUCAUGAGCCUUAAUGUAUGGAUUGAUUGCAAUGGCUCUCAAUCCAAGACCUCGCUGUGUCAGAGCGAGCGCAUAGCUCUGCGAGGCACUAUCAGAGGCUUCAGCCAUGAUCCGGAGGCUCCAUCAAUAAGUCGCAAUUGCGUGGCAAUGAUGGUGUGGAUGCUUGUUGAUGGAUUCUCUCAAGAAGUAAAUGCGCUGUAUGUGAAGCUCUGGUCAAUGCGUGGUCUCAAUGCCUGCAAAGCUAGCUCGCGUAACCGCGCCAGUGAUACUCCGAAUUGUUGGCUCAAAGCGUCACAUACCACUUUGACACAUUCACUUCUCUACCUUCAAUCGGGGGGCCUCGGAGAAUGA